GAGAGAGCGCGCGAGACAGAGUCCACAGGAGGGAUGUGUCUUUAGGUGAAACGUUAAACUCAGGAGCCUCGUCCAGAACCUCCAGAACCUCAGAUAUGGAGAUAUCAGGUGCCACACUGUGGCUGAGGAGAGGCGAGAGGCAGAGGUGAAGAGUUUGUGUGGUAACAUCUCAGACUCUGUUCGAUUUGCUAUAAUUGCUUUGAUUUUCAUUUGAGAACCUGGGAAGAGUGGGUGUGACCCCAGGCUCCAGAGAACUCCAUCGUGAGGCCCAGCUCAGGUCUCCUCCUUUGCGUGGACCUUACUGGAUGUUUCACUGAGAUACAAACGUUCCCCCAUGGAUCCAAACAUCCAGGGAUCCUUCCUGUUCAACAACGGCCUGAACCAGUUCCCCUCGGACCUAAAGGCACCGGUGUGUCAGUACUCGGUGCCCAACUCCUUCUACAAGCUCAGCCCGGGCCUGAACAGCCAGCUGCAGGCGGGGACGCCGCACGGCAUCAGCGACAUCCUGAGUCGCUCCAUGAUGGGCAUGGGCUCCACGGGCACCACCACCCUGCUGUCCGGAUACUCCACCAUGGGCGGCUUCAGCCCGGCCGUCACCGGCACGUCCGUGUACUACAACCGAGACUACAACUCCUCGCUGGGCGGCUUCUCCAAGCCCGGCGCCGCCGAGUGUCCCAUGAAGAGUCGCAGCGUGAGCUGCUGGGCAGAGAGCGGCUGUGACUGGAGAGCAGGGAGGCAACAGUGUAACAGUGGUGGUCCUCUGGCAGAUAUGUCGGGCAGAAAGAAACACACCAGACCGACGUUCAGUGGACAUCAGAUCUUUGCUCUGGAGAAAACGUUUGAACAAACCAAAUACUUGGCCGGACCCGAGCGAGCGAGACUGGCUUAUUCUCUGGGAAUGACCGAGUCACAAGUGAAGGUGUGGUUUCAGAACCGCCGCACCAAGUGGAGGAAGAAGAGCACGACGGAGCCGAGCUCCACGCAGACGAACCACGCGGGACAGGCGUCCGACAACGAGGUGGAGGACGAGGAGUACAACAAACCCCUGGACCCGGACUCUGACGACGACAAGAUCCGACUGCUGCUGCGCAAACAUCGCAGGGCUUUCUCCGUGCUGCGCCUCGGGCCGCACCACGUCUGACACACACACACACACACACGUCUCUGUAGAGUUGUGAGGACAUUUAGUAACAUUAAUAUAAUUCCCGUAACCUUUAUCAUGACCUCAAACACUCGUAACCAUGACCUGAACCCAAAUAUAAAGCUGCAGUACGUAGCAUUUGUUGAUUUUUGAGCUGAAACUAGUGAUUGAGACCAUUUUAACUCCUCAGGAAAAAGUUUAACAACGUUUUAAAUCAAGCGAGACGAAUGUUAGAAGCUCUUUUUUUUACAAUAAACUUCCAUUCAAACGUAAUUUUUAUUCCUUUAAUAAACACUCUAUGGAGCUGACGGAGGGAGCAUUUGUGUGUAUACAGCAGCGGAGCAAAAGUGGGCGGGGACAGUGGGACGUUAAACUGCUGAAUAGCCGGGAUUUAGGGAUUUUUGUGGAGAAACGAUUCGUUGACGCUUCUUUGUGUUUUACUGUGUUGACACAGAGCAGGGCGAUGUCACCGGGCGACACGAGAUCAAAGGAGGCGUGGUUUGAGUUUAAGCCAGAACACAAAUUGUGAUAUAUCACAGACGUAGGGAAAUAAAAUUAAAGGUCAAAUAACAUGUUUAUAUAAUACAGUAAUUAGUUAAGAUUUUUAUUUAUUAAUAUUAACCAGAUGACACUUAUAUAAGUUGUUUUUUUGGAUACUUUUGUGUUGAGAUCACAGUUACGUACUACAGCUUUAACCCAAACCAUAAUACCAAGACUUAACCUUC